GCUUAUUUUCAUUAAAAUUAUUGUUAGAAUUAAUAUGACUUAUUUAAUUGCACCUGAGAAAUAAAUGAAAAAUGAUUGAGACAUGUUCGAAGCGAUGUAUGUUAUUAGGAACGAUAUUGCUGGCCGUAUUAACUGUUGUUGUUUUAAUAUUGGAGUCCCAGCUCGCAGACACGUUGUCAGGAAGCCAACGCACUCGAAAUAAAACGUUCCCCACUGAAAAUAAUUCUACAUGUUGGACACAACAGCCAUACACUGUUAUUAGUGAAUGUCACCCUUGUUCAGACUUUGAAAUAAGAAGCAAAAGCAUUGGUGUGUGUAUCCAUACAAGCUUUAAAGAAAUUCUUAAGUGUGAAAAUGGUGAAACGGUUACAAGAAGCUGUGAUCGAGUAGCUUAUUUGGAAGAAAGAGCUUACUGGAAGUUUACAAUAUGGUCAUUUAUUGUGGGUAGUAUCUCAUCAGUUGCAGUAAUGUUGAGGAUGAGGGUACUAAAUUAUAGAGCAAAACGACGAGCACGGCAAAUCCUAAGCAAUGGUGCCAUUUCAUGAGUUUUGUAUAUGAUUCAAUUGUUUGUUAUUAAAUAAUAUGAAUUUUGCACUAGAGCCUACCUAAAAAUCAUGUAAUAAUAUGUUGAAUAUGAUGUAAACUACAUAAUAUUUUUGUAAAAUAUAAAAAAAAAAAACAAAACUACACUCAAUUUCCUUUUGGGUUGGGUGUUAGUCUCAUUUCAUAGCAGGAAUGUAAAACACCCAAACUUGUUUCUUUAUAACUUGCAGACAUGUCCCCUAAUCACAGGUAGCAAUAUCAGUAAAAUUAU